GUGAGACCCGCUGUGAGAACGCAAUGCAAUGAAUGCCUAAACAUAUGAUAAAAACGUUGUUUUGAAUCAAAUGAUUGUAUUUUGAAUUGAAUUAAAGGAUCGAAAGAAACGAUUGAAACGAUGCCUAAAAAGCGCUGCUAUUAUCAAGUGAUGGGACUCUCGAUGGACGCCACGGAAGACGACAUCAAGAAGGCGUACAGACAAUUGGCACUCAGUCUUCAUCCCGACAAGAAUAUAGACAACGAAGAGAUGGCCAACAAUGAGUUCAAACUCCUUCAGGAGGCCUACGAAGUGCUGUCGGAUCCCAAAGAGAGGAAAUGGUAUGACAAACACAAGGAUUCCAUACUUUGCGGUCAAAAUCGGGACGAGAUUGUGGACAAAGAGGUGGACGUCUAUCCGUUUUGCAGUUCAUUUUGUUUCACGUCUUAUACGGACGACGAGAACGGCUUUUACACCGUUUAUAGGAAUCUAUUCAAUACAAUCACCGACGAAGACAUUCCCUUCAGAGACGGCGAUGUGAAGGACAGCGAAGAACAGCCGCCUUUCGGUGAUUCAAAGAGUCCGUACAGCGAUGUCCACCGGUUUUACUCUUAUUGGAUGAGUUAUUGUACGUCAAAACCGUAUUACUAUUUAGACGUAUACCAGACAUCGGACGCUCCCAACCGUCGCGUCGCCCGACUUAUAGACAAAGAGAAUAAGAAGAUUAGAGAUUCGGCCAAAAAGAAGAGAAACGAAGAAAUUAGAAGUUUAGUAGAGUUUGUUCGCAAACGCGACAAAAGAGUGGCUAAAAAUCGUAAGCUUUUAGAGGCAAAGGCCGAAGAAAACAAACGAAAGACAGAAUUAGUACGAAAACAACAAAUAGAGGCCCGAAAUAAAGAGUUAGAGAACUAUUGCGAGUCUGAAUGGACUUCAAUGGCUAAACUUGAAGACGAUUUGAAAGAAAUAGAGAAGAAUUUGGAUAAAGACCUG